AUGACUGAGUACCAGAACACGCCAGACGCCAGCUCCUUGCUCCAGCCAAAGUCUUAUGUCGGAUUCGACACCAUCACCACACAGAUCGAGAACAGAUUGCUCAAGAGAGGCUUCACGCUGAAUGUGAUGGUUGUUGGCCAUUCAGGGCUGGGAAAGAGCACCUUGGUGAACACGUUGUUUGCACACCAUGUUGUUGAUUCGACCGGUAGAAAGUCGAUCUAUGAGCCUGUUGAUAAAACAAGCGAAGUGAAAGUGUCCAGCCGGACCUUGGUGGAAAACAACGUCAAGCUCACGUUGAACGUGAUCGACACCCCAGGAUUUGGCGACCAGGUCAACAACGAGAAGUGCUGGGAACCUAUUCUCAAGUACGUCAAGGACCAGCAAAACCAGUACCUUAGAAAAGAACUGAACGCCACUAGAGAGUCGUACAUUAAAGACACAAGAGUCCAUUGCAUUCUCUACUUUAUCGAGCCAACUAACUACGGACUCAAGAACCUGGACAUCAUCGCCCUCAAGAAAUUGACCGAGGUCGCCAACGUGGUUCCUCUGAUCGCAAAGGCAGACACCUUGACUUUGGAAGAGAGAGCCAACCUCAAGUCCAUCUUGCAAGAACAGUUCAAGCAUUACAACUUCAGAAUGUACCCGUACGAGUACUCUUUGGGUGAGGAUGGACUUACCGCCGACGAAAUCCAACUCAACAGCGACAUCAGAUCUUUGCUUCCGUUCGCUGUCAUUGGCUCCGAGGACAUCAUCACCACCCCUGCCGGUGAGGUUGUUCGUGGUAGAAGAACCAAGUGGGGACUCAUCAACGUCGAGGACGUGACCCAGUGCGAGUUCGUCUAUCUCAGAGACUUCCUCACCAGAACACAUCUCCACGACCUGAUUGAGAGCACCUCGCUGGUCCACUACGAAGGUUUCAGAUCCAAGCAGCUCACUGCUCUCAGAGAGAACGUUGGAGCCAGAAACGCCCAGCACCAGUCAACAGGUCCUGUUUCUGGCCCUGGCCCGGUGCCUGUUCCUGUCCAACAGGGUCCUUCCGUGGUCGGCGGAGUGCCGCAAGCUUCUUGA